AUGACGGAGGCUUUGGAGGGCUGCCUCGUGUCCUACGCCAAGGCCACCCUCCCGGGGCUGUCGAGGUCCAUGAGGUGGCGCCGCGCGUCCACGCCGGUCUCGUCGGAGGUGGAGCAGAGAGACCUCCUGGAGGCGGUGGUCGCGAGCCUCCCCACGGACAAGGGCUCGGGGAGCAUGGUGACCGCGAAAUUCCUGGUCGCGCUGCUGCGGACGGUGCACAUCCUGCGCGCUUCCGACGCGGCGCGCGCGGCGAUCGAGCGGAAGGCCGCGACGCAGCUGGAACAGGCAACGGUGGAGGACGUGCUCAUCCCGAGCUACUCCGGCGCCACGGAGACGCUCUACGACGUGGACUACGUCGAGCGGGUGCUCAGGCACUUCCUGGUCGAGGAGGAGGUGGGCGAGGACGAGGCGUCGUUGUCAGCUGCAAUCACCGAGGAGGAAGCGGCGGCAAGGACGAUGGCGUCACGUCCGUUGACCGUGGCAAUGGUGCAGGUGGGCAAGCUGGUGGACAACUACCUGGCAGAGGUAGCGUCCGACGCCAACCUGAAGCCAACCAAAUUCUGCGAGCUCGCGCUGGCAAUGCCGGACCACGCCCGCAUCUACGACGAUGGCGUCUACCGCGCCGUCGACAUCUACCUCAAGGCGUAUCCGCGGCUGACGGCGGAGGAGCGGGACAGGGUGUGCGACGUGGUGGACUUCAGGAAGCUGACGGUGGAGGCAUGCACGCACGCGGCGCAGAACGAGCGGCUCCCGCUGCGCGCGGUGCUACAGGUGCUCUUCUUCGAGCAGCUGCAGCUCCGAUGCGCCAUCAUGGGCACACUGAUAGCGUCCAUGGCUUCCCCGCGAGCGCGGCAUCCGAAUCCUCGUCUGCAGCGGCCAGUGGCGGCGGUGUGUCACGCCGCUGGCCCGAGCGAGGCGUGGCAGACGACAACGAUGCAGGAGAGCCAAACGCUGCGGGUGGACAUGGACGACAUGAUGAGCCGGGUGCAGGGCCUGGAGAGGGAGUGCUCCAGCAUGCGAAGGGCGAUCAAGAAGAUCGACGGCAGUGGCGCCGCGUCGCAAGGCAGCGGCAGCCCAGACGUGGCCGCCCCGGCAGGCUGGCGGUCCAGGUACCGGUGCAAGUUCAGCACGCAGGUGUGCGACUCGCAGGCGCGCAACGCGGUCGUGUCCAGGGCGUCCAGGAUGGGGAUGAGCCUAGGAUGGGUGUCCAGGGCGUCCAAGCCGUCCAUUGAUAAAAGGAAAUGA